CGCGGACGAAGAGGGCCGGCAAGGAGAUUGCCGGUGCCACCUACCAGAAGGUGGUAGAAUACCCCGUCGGCGGGGGCGUGUUUAAUGAUCUCGUCCCUGGCCACGUCGUCCUGGCCCAGGCCAUGCCGGCCAAAGAUCGGGCUUAUCUGAAGAAGCUUGGGGACGAGAAGAUUUACGAGGGCGGCAUGGACCUCUUCGUCCAAAGUGCCUUCAUGCUUAUGGAAAGCCAUAAGAGGCAGUAUUGGGAGAUAGCUCGCUUGAAAGGGCUGGAGCAGAAGGCUGCCUCGGCCGACGAGGCGGUAGCUUGCCUUGAUCGGCUCCGGGAGGAUGCCAAGGCGCUGCAGGCAAAAGCUGAUGAAGCCGCCGCGGCCAGGGACGAUGCCCUGGUCAAGCUCGAGGAGAGCAAAAGGGAGCUCGAGGAGUCCCAAAGGGCGCUUGAGGCCGAGAAGCGCAAGAGCGAGGAGGCCGUUAAGGCGAAAGCUGAGGCCGAGGCCGCCGCUGUGAGGGCUGCUGACGAGGCCGUUGAGAAGUUCCUGGCCGAGGGGUGGAAGGCCGAUGAGAGGCUCCCCUGGUGCUACGAAGUGGUGGCCGCCAGGCUUGAGAGUUGGGGGAUGAACUCCCCCGCCGGCCGGGAGUAUUUCAGCCGGGAGAUGUCCGUUUAUUACAACCUGGGCCAGGAGCGGAUGCAAAGGCUCAUGUGUCGGCGGCUAUCCCGGGCGUUGAAGGCCAUGAAUUACACGUCUGGGUGGGCUAGACGGAACCUGAAGCUGCCAAAGCUGAUGAAGGAUCCAGAAGAGCAGGCCAAGCUUCCGCUGUCGGAGCGAGAGUCCCCCAUAGAAAGCUCCGGCCUCGGCGAGCCGGACUACACUGAAUUCGACUUCCUGGACGAUGCCACCAGUGCUGCACCCGCCGACGGUCAGGAGGCUGAGGCCGAGGAGGAAGCUGACGAGGUCGAAGAGGCAGCCACGGAUGGGGGUGCCCCAGAGGCUUGAUCGGCUACUCCCUGCUCCUUUGUAAUUUGCUUUUCAUUGCUUUGUCUAACUGAUGUAAUGGCCGAAGCGCCCCCCAUUGUAAUGAAUUGAUUAAAUGAAAGAAUUUUUGCCAUCCUUCUCGGCUUUGAAUCCAUUGUAUGCUUGUUUGCCUUUUGUCAUUUCAAUUCUGUAAAUUGUCUAAGUGUCAAGUCAUAACUUGG